GUCGACCAGUUUGUUUUGUUCUCUAGCUCUUCUUCUCUCGAUUCGAUUUGCAGCAGCAAAGGGUUUUGCUAGGCAACGACAACCUACAACAGAGCAAUUUCACAAAUUUCCCACAAAAGAUGGCCUCCAGAAUAGCGCAAAUCCGAUUAGUCAGUUCACAUCCUCAAGUUUACGAACCAUGUGACGAUUCAUUUGCUUUGGUUGAUGCACUCUUGGCUGAUCGGAAAAAGUUGUUAGACCACCGCCCAACAAUUUGUAUGGAAGUUGGCAGCGGCAGUGGUUAUGUAAUUACUAGUCUCGCUCUUAUUCUACAAGAAAUAAAAACCGCCUAUUAUUUUGCCACCGACAUCAAUCUGCACGCCGUAAGAGUGACUCACGAAACGCUAGAAGCCCAUGGGGUUCAUGCAGAGUUACUAACAACCAACAUUGCCGCCGGGCUAGAGAAGAGAUUGGCGGGACUGGUUGAUGUGAUGGUGGUGAACCCACCUUAUGUUCCAACACCGGAGGAAGAAGUGGGUGGUGACGGGAUUGCUGCCGCCUGGGCUGGCGGAGAAAAUGGGCGGAGUGUUAUUGAUAAGAUUUUACCGAUUGCUGAUAAUUUGUUAUCUGAGAAAGGCUGGUUGUAUAUGCUGUUUCUUGCAGCUAAUGAUCCAUUGCAAAUAUGCCUUCAAAUGAGAGAGAAAGGUUAUGCUGCAAAAAUUAUUGUCCAAAGAGCAACAGAAGAAGAAAGUUUACAUGUAAUAAAGUUUUGGCGUGAUUCGGAUAUUCGAAUGGAAGGAAAUGAAGCAGUCACGAUAGCGAAAAAUAGGGGAUGGGAGUUUUUGCUUUCGCAGCUUUCUCGAUUGUCAUUCCGAAGAUAAGGCGAUAACAGUUCUUAUCGAAGGGGUUUACCAAUUUUUUUGAUCAAGAGCGGAAUGGUUGUUUACCAAGGUGUUUUGAAUUGACAGCGUGAAUGAUAGAAAAUUUACCAUUGUAACGCUUUGUUUGAUUUAAGUAAAUGACAAGUGACAUUACAUGUGGGAUAGUUGGAUAGUUAGGUUCAAAUAAGAACAAUAGACAAACAAGAAAAUAAAAGAACGGUUAAAUCACAUGUUAUUUUGCACUAAAUUAUGUGUAAAAAUGAAAUGUAAUUUGUGCAACUUUGGCUG